AUGUACGCUUCAAUUCGACCGAGUCUUCAGUUCCUCCAAGCAUUGUGCUCCGGGACUACCAAGAGGAAAGCAUUCAGAGCUGGUAAAACAGUCAUAUUCACACAGCUUAUCAGCCGAAUCCCUCCUCGCGAUGCGAAAGCCACCAAGACCAUGAUCAUCGUUCAUCGCCGCGAACUCGUCGAACAAGCUGCGAAACACUGCAGAGUCGCCUAUCCAGACAAGACCGUCGAAAUAGAAAUGGGCAAGAAUGUUGCGACGGGAGCAGGAGACAUCAUCAUCGCGUCGGUUCAAACGCUAGCCCGGGGACGCAUGUACAAGUUCGACCCGAGUGCAUUCAAACUCGUGUUGGUGGAUGAAGCUCAUCAUAUUGUUGCCAAAACAUACCGCGACGCCCUGGGGCAUUUUGGGUUGAACGAGCCAUCUGCCAAUGGACCGGUCUUGGUGGGUGUUUCCGCCACUUUCUCACGGUUCGAUGGGCUCAAACUGGGUGCUGCCAUUGAUCAUAUUGUCUAUCACAAGGACUACAUUGACAUGAUUGGUGAAAAUUGGCUGGCCAAUGCAGUCUUCACAACUGUCAAGUCCGGGGCCAAUUUGUCCAAAGUCAAGAAAGAUAGUUUCGGAGACUUUGCCCUCGGAUCGCUUUCGGAGGCGGUUAACACUACGUCUACGAACAACAUCACAGUUCGGGCAUGGAUGGCGAGUGCUGAGAAUCGGAAGUCCACUCUUGUAUUUUGUGUCGAUGUCGAGCACGCGCGGCAGCUUACCGCCGCUUUUCGCGACCAUGGCGUCGAUGCUAGGUAUAUCACAGCUAGUACAUCUAAAGUCGUCCGUGCGAAACAGCUACAGGCUUUUAAGGACCAAGAGUUUCCAGUGUUGCUUAACUGUGGUCUUUUCACAGAAGGCACGGAUAUCCCAAAUAUCGACUGCGUGCUCCUAGCUCGACCCACCAGGUCUCGAAACCUGCUCGUCCAAAUGAUCGGACGUGGUCUUCGGCUGUUUCCCGGAAAAAAGGACUGCCAUGUUAUCGACAUGGUAGCUUCACUAGCAACUGGAGUGCUAUCAACACCGACGUUGUUCGGCUUGGACCCAGACGAAGUCUUGGACAACGCCAGCAUGGAAGACAUGAAGAAGAAUGAUGAUAAGGGCACUCAAUCGGAACCCACCCCUGAGGCCGAGGAACCAUAUGACGGCUCGGACAAUGACCUAAAACUUCAGUUCACGACUUAUGACAGUAUAUACGAUCUCCUAGGAGACAUGCAGUCCGAACGACACAUCAGGUCGUUCAGCCCGCACAACUGGGUCCGGGUCGGCGAUGACCGAUAUAUGCUUACCGAUAUAUCUGGCUGGGUAACGAUUGAGAAAGGGGACGACGAUAUGUUCACGGCUCAUCAUGUCAUGAAAUUCAAAAACCCGGCAACGGACGCACCGCAAUUCACACGUCCUCGGAAGAUCGCCACUGGCUCUGACUUAGAAAGCAUUGUCCGGGCAGCGGAUACCUUUGCCAGUACCAAGUUUGAUGAGCAUUACAUCGCAUCUUGGAAACCUUGGCGACGGGCCCAGGCAACACCGGGACAACUAAAGAUGCUGAACGCAGCUCGCAUUCGAGAUGGCAAUGUGAAGCCCGAGGACUUGACUCGCGGCCAAGCCGCUGAUAUGAUUACAAAGCUGAAGCAUGGGGGCAAGAAACGCUUCAAGGACUUGGAGGUUCAGAAGCGGAAAAAGCUGCGGCAAGUAGAUGAUAUGGCUGAGCUGCAAAGAAGAGUUGAUGUGAAGGUCGGGCCAGUCGAUGCUUGA